UAAACAAUAUCUUAUUUUAUUUGAGAUUGGAUCGAGAAACAGGAAAUGAUAAUUCAGAUAUUAAAUUACAACAAAGACCCAUCACACACACACACACGACAUGGAUUCCUUAAGCAAGCUGCGUCCACAUCUGUGCAAGAAAUGGACGAAUAACAGUGAAAAUCGAUAGCCCCCUCCCCCAAUUUUCCGAAAUGCUUCACAUCGAAGAUGAAAAAUAACUGCAGCUUCAAUAGAGUUUACACAGAUUUUCCGCGUAAAAUAUUUCAUAAUUUUGAGGGGAAAAGAUACGCUAUCGGGAGCCGAGGUGGCUAGGUGGGUAAGGCGCUAGCCCGAGCUAGCAUUCGACCGCCGUACAGUGAGGACGUGUGUUGAGAGAGCUCUUGUGUCUUUAGCGGAUUAUCAAGUGUAGCAAGCAAGUCUUUAUUAGUUUAUGGAGUAAUAGAUAUGUGAUCCGGACAUUAUGUCUACAGAAAUGGAUACAAAACGAUCUAGUUAUCGACGGUUAAAGGAAUGUACAGUGAAAGUAGUUUCAGAUAUUCGCCUCAAUGUCGGAUUACUUAUUGACGAGAUUGAAAAAGUUAGUGGAUUUGAUACAGUUUCAGCUUGUGUGCCAAUGCAUGGAUAUUAUGAAGUGACUCUUAAUACAGUGGAACAACUUACUACUUUUAUAGAAGAAGGACUAUGCAUAGAGGGUAAACAAUUAGAGGUGAGCUAUGUUGGUUAUAGGAUUAUUGUUGUGUCAUUCAUGAAUAUACCUCACUACAUUUCGGACGAAGAGAUUUACGAGAAGCUGACUGCAUGGAAAGUAACCCCUGUUAGUGAGAUACGAGAACGUUUUUAUAAACACGGGGACAGAAAUAUAGCUGAUGGGACACGUUAUGUGAGAGUUAAAUUCCCCCCACUGAGGUAGCUAGUCUUCCAUACGCUACGAGGUUUGAUGGCAGAUCUUUCUAUGUGAAACAUGACGAUCAAUCCCGAGUGUGCUUUAAUUGUUUAAAAUCUGGACAUGAAGUUAAAAAUUGCCCUGACUAUGUUUGCUAUAGAUGUAAUAUUUCUGGUCAUACAAGACGUACAUGUGAAGCAAUAGAGUGUGUAAAUUGUGGUCAAUUUACUUGUGUCUGCGAGAAAGAUACAACCGAUGAGACAUACGCUAAGACAACACCAGACUCUGAAGUGAGCGAAAACGCGAACACGGACAAAGUCGACAGUGAAAAUACAGGAGAGAUAGAAACAGGUGUAACUACAGAGGUGAGUGAAAAUCAGACAGAAGAAGGUGCGAGUAAUGUAUCGAUUGAAAAGAUGUCAGAAGCUGAGGUGUUUACGGGUGAAGGCGAACAAGUAGAAAUAGAUCAUCAUGACGAAACGGAUGAAAAUGAAUGGCGACAAAAUAAAUACGUAUGACUAUAACAAACGAAUGAGAAAUCAAUUUAAUAGAAAAUACUUAAUAGAUAAACCUGCAUCUAGAUUGAGACUUGAACAAUUAACUAAACAACGAAACGAACGUUAUGACGCUUUUUUUUUAAAUCCGCCAGCCCCAAUAAAAGAUUACCCUCUGUGACCAGUCAAGAACUAAAUGUUCAACAAGGAAAGUCGUCAGUGAUUCGGGAACGAAGAAUUUAAGUUCAUUAUAUCAACAUGUUACUUUACAGUGUUUUUGUUAGUGUGUAUUGUACUCGUGGCGUGACAGAAUAUAACGGUAUCAGUGUUUAAAGUGUUUUCUUUGUGGAUUAUAUAUUGCCAUUAUUUAAACUUUUUAGUUUGUUAUUCAAGUGUCAACAUGUGGAAUGUAGCGGGUUUUGAUGUUUUAUUCAUUCCUGGAUCGUGUGUGUUUUUAUGGAGUAUAUAUACACAGGAUAUCGAUUUACAUGGACAUAUCAGGAUAUAUUAUGUAUUCGUUUCUACAUUAUAUGUUUAUUUCUCUGGUUUAAUGUAUAUUCCCACUGGACUACAUAAUGUAUGUUUCAAUAAUUUAUACUCCUUACGGAUUAACUAUGGAUUAAUACCGACUCAAGGUCCGUCUAGUCACAAAGAAGCGGUAUUGAUAAUUGAAAAUGGCAAUGACAUGGCAAAGGCCAGAGAGAAAUCGGUGUCAAAAUCAAAAGAAGCUAUAUUAUCAGCCAUGAGAAAUGUCCUAUUCAUGGCAGAGCAUGACUUACCGAACACGCUACUGUCAGAUUUGAAUUCACUCUGUUUACAACAGGGUGCUGAACAAUUCAAAGACUUGAUAGUUGAUAAGCACACGUCGUAUACUCAUAACCAAAGUGUCCAAGAAUUUCAGGCAGCAAUAGCUGACACAGUACGUGAAGAUCUUCGACAGCGCUUAAGUCGAUCAGACUAUUACAGUAUCUUAUUAGACGAAUCAACUGAUGUUUCAGUGGACCAAAAUUUAAUAGUGUAUGUGAGAUAUAUCUUUUGUAAUAAUGUUAGAACAGACUUUUUGGGGAUCAGAAAACUUUCGGAUGGGGCAACUGCUGAUAAAAUUCUCAAAGAAAUUACUGACUUACUGUUUGAAAAUGAACUUGAUGUGAAAAAAAUGUGUGGGAUUGCUACUGAUGGUGCUGCAGUUAUGGUUGGGAGUAGGAGUGGGCUGACAACACGAUUUAAGGAAAUAGUUCCAGGAUUGUUGAGUACCCAUUGUAUUGCGCAUAGACUUGCCUUAUGUUCAUCCGGUGCAUAUAAAUAUUUUUCAAAUUCACCCAAAAACCUAUCCAGACUUGAAAAAAUCCAGGAAAUUCUUGCCUCUGUUAAUGCUGAUUCGGGUACCAGGUUAAAGCAAAUAUCAAAUACCAGGUGGUUAUCAUUUGAGGGAUCCGUAACUGCAUUACUCAGAAACUAUUCCAGCUUAAUAACUGUGUUGUUAGAAGAUAAUUCUCCAAAAACUGUUGGUUUGCUGAAAUCAAUACAUUACUCAUUUUUUGUCAGAUGUAUUGCCAAUACUCUGUAGAUUGUCCAAAUGCUACCAGAGAAGUGAUAUUGUUUUUUCAAAUGUAAAUCCACUAUUGGCUUCAACCAUUUCUCAGUUACAAGGCAUAGAAUCAGAGAAUUACGGUAUCAAUAUUUUAAAUUGAUUGGACACAGUCCCAACAACGGUUAAUGUUGACACAUUUUUUGUACAAUGAUCAAAAAAUUAGGGAUGGGAAAAAACAAAGGGAAGAUGCUAGGGUGAUAGGGAUGAAAUUUGUAAGCAAUGUUGUUAAUAAUUUAGAAUGUAGAUUUGAGGAAAAAGGGGAUAGUGUUAUUUUAAAUAAACUGUGUAGAUUAUUUGAUGUAAAUUGUGAUGUAGAUAUGGAUUAUAUUAGGUCAUUAGGUAAUUUUUUUCAAACAAUUGAUCUUGAUGUUAAUGACUGUGUAUCAGAGAUUGUUUCUUUCAGGGGUUAUUUAAAAUAUGUUGAUUGUCCAAUCGAUAGAAUUGAUGAUGUGUUGAAACUUGCCCUAAAUGAAAAAUCAAAUUUUGUUAAUGUAAAUAAAAUUGCUAACAGAUUAUUGUGUAUACCGGUUGCAACCGUUGAUUGUGAACGAGGUUUUAGUAAGCAAACUUUAAUUAAAACAGAGAGCAGAAACUGUUUGAAACCAAACACAUUAUCAAAUUUGAUGUCCAUCACCUUAACUAAAAAUAAACCGGAUCUCCAUAAAUCCUUUUCCAAUUGGGCUACUGUAAAGCAAAGACGGAUUUUGUAAAUUGUAAAUA